CAUAAAUUCUUAAGAAUGGUGUUUCUGAUUUUAGAAACAAUUGGAUCAACAGUGAAAACAAUUUAUAUACCAAGAAGGUACAUAUUGGUUCUCCUUGGAAGUCUUGGUAUAUUCAAUGUUUUUGCCAUGAGGACGAAUCUCAGCGUGGCUAUUGUGGCAAUGGUCAACCAGACAACAAAUGCUCAUCUUCCUUCUCUGAAUGCUUCUUUCAACCAAGUAGCAGAAUGCCCCAACUUUAUCCACGAUGAUACGCCAAAAAAUAGUACGGUUUUUACGGGUGAACAAUUCAACUGGGACACUCAAACGCAGGGGACAAUUUUGUCAGCCUAUUUCUAUGGUUAUGUGAUGAGUCAUGUACCUGGUGGAAUAUUGGCUGAAAAGUUUGGUGCCAAAUGGGUAUUUGGCGGAGGAGUAUUGGCUACAUCAGUCUUCACCCUCUUAUCUCCUUUUGCUGCAUAUCUGGAUAAAUAUGCUUUUGUUGCUAUCCGAAUUCUUCAAGGAUUGGCUGAUGGAGUGACAACGCCUUCCAUAACGGCAGCUAUCAGCAAGUGGGCACCGAAAGUUGAGCGAAGUAGACUCUCCACUAUCAUCUUUACCGGUAUUAUGGUAGGGAACGUGGCAUCCCUCUCUGUGUCAGGGUUGCUUUGCAGUACAGAAUUCCUCGGAGGAUGGCCUUCCGUUUUCUACUUAUUUGGUGCACUAGGCGUUAUCUGGUUCUUCUUUUGGUGCUUCUUCAUAUAUGAAACUCCUUCAAAUCAUCCAACAAUUUCAAAAGAGGAAUUUUUAUACAUCGAACAAAAUAAAGACAAAGAAUCCGAAGAGAGACAUGUGGUUCCAUGGAAAGAUAUAUUUACGUCCGUUCCCGUAUGGGCUCUUAUGAUUGCACAAUUCGGUCAAGGAUUUGGUUUCCUGAUUUUGCUGACAGAAUUACCCACAUACUUAAGUACUGCUCUUCACUUCGAUCUAGCAUCCAAUGGAUUCAUUUCAGCGAUGGCUUACGUAUUCCAAGCUGUCGUUGCUUGCGUUUCAUCACUUGUUGCCGAUAAGUUGAGAGAAUCGGAGAAAAUGUCCGUAACUGCAAUUCGAAAGUUAUUCAACUCAAUCGGUUUCUACGGCCCUGCUAUUUGCUUGUUAUGUAUAACAGCAUCUGGCUGUCGAUUGGAUAUCAUUGUAGUUUUUCUGGUAAUUGCAAUAGCUCUAGACGGUUCGGUUUAUUCUGGCUUCAAUGUCACCCAUGUCGACAUGAGUCCAGUUUUCUCAGGAACGUUAUACGGUAUUGCCAAUGGAUUCGGUUGCACAUCUGGUUUUAUAGGACCCAUGAUUGCUGCCAUUUUCACAUCUACUGGUCCCAGUCUCUCUAAUUGGAGCAACGUAUUCUACAUGACAGCGGGAGUGUACAUAUUCUGUGCGACAGUUUUUUUACUGUUUGGAUCUGCAGAACUACAAUCGUGGGGAACGAAGAAAAUCGAGCUGGAGGAAGAAUACAGUUUGGAAAACAUUGUCAUAAACACAAAAGUGAAGAGUGAAUCAGAAUUAAUUCUCACAGUAAACACCGAAGACUUUAGGACUCCAUUGUGAUUCUUUGUGUCGUUAAAUGUUUGACAUUUAUUCGCUUAUACUGCAAAAUAUUCAGGAAACUUUUGGGAUAAGUAUUGCAGUAUGUGAUCCCUACAACAGCCAUUCAACUUUCAUGGUAAACUUUACGGGAAAAGUAAGGUGGAUUCAUAAGCAACCUUCGUCAUUUUCCCGACAUCCUCUCGACUAACUUUCUAACAUAAUUAAUGUAGCUUUAUAAAGUUGUGAUAUAAAGCCGUAUAUAGGACUAUGCAGAAGCAUGUCGACAGGCGACUAUGAAUUCUUGCGUUGACUUGCUUUUCACUCAUAUUUCUUUUUGGAAAAAAAUGCCGACCUUAAAUUUUUACCAAAUAUGCUUAGAAGUUGUUUUGCAAUAUAAUGAUUUGCAUAAAUGAAGGUAUGCAGCUGAUUUUAUAAUUAAUAUGUCCGUCAUCAAAAUUUAAUGUUCAUUCACAAUAUUUUUUUUAUCCUCGCACAAAUGCAUACUAGAGAACAAAAAAAAAGAUUAUGAAUUGCUAAAUCACUUUACUCAUGCUAUUAGUUAUUAGCUGGGAUUAAAAUUCUGCCAAACAUAUUUUUGCUCUACUGUGACGAUAAUAUUCUAAUACAAUAGGAAUGCCAAUUGCUUCGCUUGUAGUAAAAAAAAAUUUAUUAAGUGGUAUACAGAUAAAGAAGUUUUUUGUUCAAAGGCUCCAUCGUAAUACGAAAUUAUACUUUUUUGCGAAAAAUAUGCUAUUUUUAUGAUUGCUGUGAGUUUCUAACUGUUAUUCAUGUUUGUUAGGUCAAGUUUAGCCUAUCGCUGUCUAUGCCUAUUUUGAAAAUGGUGCAAAACUUCACUGUGGAGAAAAGCUACAGUUUUAUGAAAAUGAAAAUCGUUUGUGGUCUCAUUUUUCAAUAUUUAACAACUUACUCCAACGCUGCAUUACUUGAGCUCAUAAAAAUUUACAAAAACUGUAAAUAAGGCAGUUAUUUUUGGUAAUUUUCGUCUAAGUGGGAAAAUGUCGCCAAAUUGACGAUUUUUAAAAAAAAUAUUUAAUAAAUUUUAAAAAAGUAAAAUUAUUUGUUCAUUCUAAAGUUCAGAUAACGGUUAGUUGAUAUGUAUUGUGUAAUAUCAUCGCAUUGCUUCAAGAGUUAGGUACUUAAACUACGGCCUUUUUAUUUUUCUUGGCGGCAGAGCUUCGAAAAUCGCGUUAAAAUGUUCAUUAACAGUUUAUUUAAAGAUAAUUUGGGAGAAUUAAGAGAUAGUUCGACGAGAUAACUAGCAUAUAAGGCCACCCUGAUAGAUGUUGAAAAAUUUCUUUCGACGAUGUUGCUUUCACUGAUGUGAUGAAAAUACUGGAGAUGUUUAGAACAAAUCGUUAAUUAUGCGUAGAUGGCUAGUUAUAAAAGAUAAAUACCACUAUAUUCUCAACUUUAAUUGCAAGAAGAGUUUCAAAGUAUUUUUGUUCUUACCAGCUAGGCAACCUCGAUAUCAGAAAAAAGUCUCUUUUUGUUGUUCAAGUGUCCUGGUAAGCUGUGAUGGU